UACAGUGAACAGUGAAAUAGUGAGCUCUCUUGUGUUUUUUCUUUUGUAAAAAAUAUUUAAAAAACAAUAAUAUAAAAUGUCUGGUCGUGGUAAAGGUGGAAAAGUGAAGGGAAAGGCAAAGUCCCGCUCUAAUCGUGCUGGAUUACAAUUCCCUGUUGGUCGUAUUCAUCGUCUGCUGCGAAAGGGAAACUAUGCUGAGCGCGUCGGAGCCGGUGCCCCUGUGUAUUUGGCAGCUGUGAUGGAAUAUUUGGCGGCAGAAGUCUUGGAAUUGGCGGGAAAUGCUGCUCGUGACAACAAAAAAACUAGAAUUAUUCCCCGCCAUUUGCAAUUGGCUAUUCGGAACGACGAGGAAUUGAAUAAAUUACUUUCUGGAGUCACAAUCGCACAAGGAGGUGUUCUUCCAAAUAUUCAAGCUGUUUUGUUGCCAAAGAAGACAGAGAAAAGUGCUUAAAUCUAUGUAGUGACAGCAAACAAAAAAAAAACCGUCCUUUUCAGGACGACAAAUAAUUUCUAUUAAGAGAUGUGUAUAUUUUUCAUUUUUUUUAUAUAUUUUAAAAUACGAAGAAGAAGAAACCAACAAACAAAUGUUUUUUCUUUCUUUGCAAAAAGAAAUAUUUGUUUGUAUCCAAUCCGUAAAGCAACACAUUUUUUUUUUCAAAGAAGAAGAAACCAAACAAAUGUUUUUUCUUCCUUUGCAAAAAGAAAUAUUUGUUCGUAUCCAAUCCGUAAAGCAACAAAACAUUUUUUUUUCAGUUCGGAAAAAAUAUUUUUUAUUUUUUUUUUUU